AUGGCUAAUCGUGCUUCACUUGAUCAUCGGCGAAAUUCCUUGGAUCCAUCACCGGACCAUGUGAACACAACUGCUACCACCGACCCCGAGAAAUACGGUUAUCCUGGCACAAAUGACAAAGGGGUCCAGGAAGGAACUCUCGACACUCCUGAGGAUGGGGCGAUUGGAGUCAACAAAGCUGAGGCUGCAGCGCUCGUCUGGAAUAGAAAUGCCCUGUGGGCAAUGUACGCCUGGAUUUGGGUAUGUUUCUUCAUGUUAGCAUUUCACUCCCAGAUAGGACUCCACGUACUCGUCAACGCAUAUGCGAAAUUCCAGACCGCGCCUGAAAUUUCAACUGCGGCAAUCCUGGCUACCGUGGUCGGGGGUGUGAUGAAACUUCCUAUUGCCAAAAUCUUGAACGUCUGGGGUCGAGCGGAGGGUAUGUUUAUCUUGGGUAUCAUUGUGCUGGCAUCCUGCACUGGACCAAGUGGCUUCGCGGCCGGGUAUGUGUUGUAUUGGGUGGGCUACAAUGCGAUCUACUUGAUCCUGGAUGUCUUCCUUGCUGAUACGUCUGGUCUUCGCAAUCGUGCCUUUGCCUUUGGAUUCUCGAAUACACCUUUCAUAUGCACUGCGUUCACGGGCCCCUUGGCCGCGCAGUCUUUCUUGUCCAUGUCAACAUGGCGCUGGGCGUAUGGUGCAUUCGCAAUCAUUUUCCCCUGCGUUCUCUUACCUCUCGGUGUCGCUUUCAAAUUCUAUGAAAUCAAAGCGAAGAAAAUGGGUAUUUACGUGCCUCAAAAUAGUGGCCGCACUUGGAUCCAAUCAGCUUUGCAUUACAUUCAUGAGUUCGACGUCAUCGGUGGACUCAUAUUAAUGGCAGCAUUCAUCCUCCUUCUUCUACCCUUCAGUUUGACCACCUACGGCCGAGCCCAAUAUAAAUCGGCCACCUUUAUCGCAAUGCUUGUUGUUGGCUUCUGUCUAUUCUUCAUGUUCAUUGCAUGGGAAAAGUUCUUCGCACGCAAGCAAUUCAUCCGUUAUGACCUCCUUAAACAGCGUACAGUCCUUGGAGCUUGCAUUCUUUCGGCAAUCUCGAAUAUGGGCUAUGCUAUUUGGGAUCUCUACUUCCUCAACUUCUGCAUGGUGGUAUACGACCUCAGCGUCUCACACGGUGGAUAUAUGAACCAAAUCUAUAACAUCGGAUCCUGCUUCUGGGCACCUCUAUUCGGAAUCUACAUCCGCCAAGCCAAGCACUUCAAAAAUGCAUGUCUCUACUUCGGCCUCCCCCUCAUGAUUCUUGGUUCGGGCCUAAUGAUUCAUUUCCGUGGCGAGCACGACAACAUCGGCUAUGUCGUUAUGUGUCAGAUCUUUAUCGCUUUUGCAGGGGGUACGAUAGUUAUUGGCCAGGAUAUGGCUGUCAUGGCUGCUGCCGACCACGACGGUGUUCCCAUGAUGCUGUCUAUUCUGGGACUCUUUGCGAGUUUGGGUGCUGCGGCUGGUAACGCAAUUUCUUCGGCCAUUUAUACCAAUGUCUUCCCGAGCAAGCUGAUCGAGGGUCUUCCGGUUUCGGCUCAAGCUGACUGGGCAGAUAUCUACGUUGGGGGCUAUCUUGCACAAAUGAAAUAUCCAAUGGGAGAGCAGAUACGAACCGCUAUCAACGAUGCUUGGGGUGAUAGUCAGAAGUACAGCUGUAUUGCUACGACGGCAGUGCUGGUCCUCGGCUUCCCGUGCAUUAUGGUCUGGAAGAACUUGAGUGUGGACCAGAAGCAGAAUAAGGGAACUAUGCUUUAA